AAAAAAGAUAAAUGCAAAAAAUAAAAACAGAAGGGUUUCUUUGUGAAGACAUUGGUUAAUACUUGUUGUGCACGGAGAUGAAACAGAUGCGAACUUUUAAAGCUAUAUAAUGAUACAAAUGUGAAAUGGCGGAUGUAAGAGAGACAUUACUGUGUCGGAGACAUGCGAGGAGCGCAAGCUUUAAACUUUCUUCGCAGAACAACAACAAAGUUAGCUCAACACAUACGUUAUACGUCGGCGGCGACUCGUUUGGAGUUUGGUUCCUGUCUCGAAGAAAACUCUAACGACCUAGUUUAUACCCAUAACCGCAAGAUUGAUGAUUUGUUAAAAUCCGGAAACUUGUUAUCUGCACACGAGGUGUUCGAUGAAAUGUCCCUACGAGAUGUUGUCACUUAUAAUCUGAUGAUAUCUGGGAACAGCCGAAAGGGGUGUUCUGUAAAAGCUUUCGAGCUUUACGCGGAGAUGGUCUCUAAUGGACUUAGAGAGAGCGCUUCCACGUUUCCUUCUGUUCUUAGUGUAUGUAGUGGGUUAUGUAGAGAAGGGAUUCAAGUUCACUGCAGGGUGAUCUCGCUUGGGUUUGAGUGUAAUAUGUUCAUUAGAUCUGCACUUGCGGGUUUGUAUGCCUCUUUGCGGGUUUUUGAUGUUGCUCUGAAGCUGUUCGAUGAAAUGCCUGAGAGAAACUUAGCUGUUUUUAAUUUGAUGUUGAGAUGUUAUUGUGAGAGUGGAGAUUCAGAGGGAUUGUUUGGAGUGUAUCGUAGGAUGGGAGUUGAAGGUGUUGAUGAGAAUGGGUUGAGCUAUUGUUAUAUGAUUCGUGGUUGUUCUAAUGAUCGGUUGUUAUGUGAAGGGAAGCAAUUACAUUCUCUAGUGGUUAAAUCUGGUUGGAAUGUUUGUAAUGUAUUUGUGGCUAAUGCGCUUGUGGACUUGUACUCUGCUUGUGGUGAUUUAUAUGGUUCUAAGACAUCGUUUGAUGAUAUCCCGGAACAGGAUGUGAUAUCUUGGAACUCGAUUGUUUCUGUGUGUGUUGAUUACGGGUCUGUGCUUGAGUCUCUUGACUUGUUUAGAAAGAUGCAGUUCUGGGGGAAGAGACCUUCUGUUAGGUCAUUCAUGUCGUUUCUGAAUUUUGGUAGCAGAAACUGUGAUAUUGAGUUUGGGAAGCAGAUCCAUUGUUAUAUCCUCAAAAUGGGUUUUGAUGUUUCAAGUCUUCAUGUGCAGUCUGCUCUAAUUGACAUGUACGGCAAAUGCAAUGACACUGAGAGUUCUGUCUCUGUUUACCAGAGUUUGCCUGAUCUGUCUCUGGAGUGUUGUAACUCGCUGAUGACUUCUCUGAUGCACUCUGGCAUCACUAAAGAUAUCAUUGAGAUGUUUGGUUUGAUGAUUGAUGAAGGAACUGGAAUCGACGAAGUCACUCUUUCUACUGUCCUCAAGGCUUUAUCACUCUCUGAAGAAGUAACUUCACAGAGCUGCACGCUUGUACAUUGCUGUGCCAUCAAAUCCGGGUAUGCAUCUGAUGCUGCAGUCUCGUGCUCUCUAAUUGAUGCUUAUUCGAAGAGCGGUCAGAAUGAAGUAUCUCGGAAGGUGUUUGAGGAGCUUGAUGCACCUAACUUAUUCUGCUGGACUUCGAUCAUCAAUGGCUAUGCUAGAAAUGGCAUGGGAAGAGACUGUGUUGAGAGGCUUAAAGAAAUGGAUCGGAAGAAUCUCGUACCAGACGAAGUUACAAUCUUGUCUGUGCUAUCAGGUUGCAGUCACUCUGGUCUUGUUGAAGAAGGUGAGCUGAUUUUCAACUCAUUGGAAUCGAAGUACGGGUUAGUCCCGGGAAAGAAACUGUAUGCGUGCAUGGUGGAUUUGCUAGGCCGUGCUGGUUUGGUGGAAAAGGCCGAGAAGCUACUUCUUAAGGCACGUGGAGAUGCAGACUGCAUAGCGUGGAGCUCAUUACUGCAGAGCUGCAGGAUUCAUGGAAACGAAUCAAUAGGGAGAAGAGCAGCGGAAGCUUUGAUGGAUCUUGAACCUGACAACUUCGCUGUUUACAUUCAAGUUUCGAAAUUUUACUUUGAGAUUGGUGACUUUGAAGUCUCCAGGGGAAUCAGAGAGAUUGCUGCGUCACGAGAGCUUAUGAGGGAGAUUGGUUACAGUUCAGUUACCGUGAGAAACUGAUAACGCAGGACAGUGAUUUGCUUCAGCUUCAUCAUAAAGAAGAGUGUAAACGAUUGGCUCUUCCACUUGAAGUCACUACGCAUGAUUUGACAACACUCUAUAAAGGACAAGAAGAAAGGAUAAGAUUCUUUAUUUGCCGGAUCUCAUGGGACCAACAUGCAACAAGAACAAGUUGACCAAGAAGGUUUUGUGUUGUAGAGGUUUUGGAGUAAAGCAAAGAAGUGGAAAAGCACAUGACUUGUGCUUUAAGCGUAGAUAUUGUAGAAAAACAAGGCUUCUUCUUCA